AUGAUGGCAGACCCAUCAGACCCAUCCCAUCCCAACACUCCAGUCGAUCAGGAUCUGUCGACAUUGCAGAGUCCAUAUCAGGGUCCCAUUACUCAAGCGCAGGAUUCACACCUUUCGCUUGCCAGCCAGAACUCCCAGUUGAGUCAGAGCCAGAAGAAGAAAGGGAUGUUGCAGAAAAUGACCCCUGACCCCUGUACCGGAAGCUUCUACCUUUUGAAGCACUCCACAGACCAGUCCACCACGAUGGAGACUCAGAUGGAGGAUCUUACCAUCCUAGGGGCCAGCAGAUUCCCAGUUCAUGAAGGAAGCACUGAAGGGAGCAACUCCUCAGUUUCCACUCAGAAUUCCCCAGAAGCCAAGCAGACCACUUCCCCCAAGCCCUACUCAUGCCCCAGAACCCCCCUCUCUGAAGACGAGAGAAGACAGGCCAUCUGGGACUGGAUCGAGGCCAAUGAUGACCCCCUCCCACUCCCCGAUCGACCCAGGAUUAACUCAGGAACCCCUGCCUAUCUAGAGUACUGCGGUCCCCUUAGACCAGAUUCGCCAACCCUUGGAAACCCCAAGCAACCUUUUGUCACUGAGAACCGACAAAUCACAGAGGCCCACGUGCUCUCCAUCUUGCACUCAUCGAGUCUGGGCUCGACAUACAGUCUGCCAGGCUCUCUCCAGAAGUCAAGGCCCAUCUGGAGGCUGGAAAAGAGGCAGCAGCACUCACUAGAAGGAUCUGAGAGUACGAGGAAUGCACCUAGCCACAUGAGUUCAAUGGGACCGCAGUACCUGACCAUCGACCCCCAGUCUAUUGGGUCAGUGACCAUGAACAUCCCGACUCCCACUUCAUAUGAGCAGGAGCAGGAGUCAGAGAGCUGGAGGUCAUUACCAGGAUCCAUGGCAACCCUCAUUAUGGGAGAUGCAGCAGCCCCAUCCUCGAUGACGACGAGGCCUGAAGAUAUGUGGCAGCCUACUCCAGGCCCCUGCUACCAAAUCCCUAUGCCAAUGAAGCCAUCUGUCACAGGGUACUACAAGGAAAUCCUGAACCAGGUCCAUCAGGUACUUAAUAGGGUCGUCGAUACGGUCCCUGUACUCUUAUGGGGCCUGACUUGGGAUGAAUUGUUCGAUACCAUAGUAUAUGGACUAAGAACAGAUUCAGGAUGGAGGAUGAUGGAGGCAGGAAUGGAUUAUGGCAGUGCCAGUUGA